AUGCUCAGUCGUCCUGGGCGAGUGUUAAGGCUUCGUCUAAAUAUUCGGAGGUUACACACCUCUCGGCCGGUGCUCGAGAGAUUCGAUCCAAAAAACGUUGAACGCGCGAAGACGAUGUUGAAGCAGCUAGAGAAAGAGAAAGGGAGAGAAAUAAGAGUAGUCGUACUCGAAAAGGGACCAGAAAUUGGCUCGCAUAUUGUUUCUGGAGCUGUUAUCGAACCCCGAGCUCUAAAUGAACUUCUACCUGAUUGGAAAGAUAUGCCGGACCACCCUCUUACAGUACCUGCUACAUCGUCGCACAUGAAAUUCCUUACUUCGAAGCACGCAAUCCCUAUGCCUCAUCCUCCCCAAAUGUCCAACAAGGGGAAUUAUGUCGUAUCUCUCUCCCAAUUCGUCAGAUGGCUCGGCUCUGUCGCCGAAGAAUCUGGCGUAGAGGUUUAUCCAGGUUUUGCUGGUGCCCAACUAUUGUACGAUGUCAAUGGUGCAGUACGAGGUGUCGCCACUCACGACGCAGGCCUCGACAAACGGCUCCACCCUAAAUCGUCUUUUGAACCUGGAAUGGCAUUUCGAGCGCGCGUAACGAUUCUCGCCGAGGGUGCACACGGUUCUCUGACAAAACAAGCGGUCAAACGUUUUAAUCUUCGUGAAGGCAAGGAGCCUCAGACCUACGGAAUUGGAGUUAAGGAGGUCUGGCGCGUUGACCCAAAGAACCAUCGGCCGGGAGAGAUUAUACAUACUAUGGGCUUCCGAUGGAUUGGAAAACGUAUAGCGGAGGUUUUGUGUAUCACAUGGACGGCGGACUCUCCUUACAGGGAACUCCAAAAACUAAAACACCAUCCCUACUUUGCGUCGCUCCUUGAAGGUGGUGAGCGUAUUGCCUACGCCGGCCGUGCCUUGAAUGAGGGCGGCUUCCAAUCCAUCCCAAAAACCGACUUUGCAGGCGGAGCUUUGAUCGGUUGUAGUGCUGGAUUUGUGAACGUACCCAAAAUCAAAGGAUCGCAUACAGCUAUGAAGUCUGGUAUCCUCGCUGCUGAGGCGGCAUACGAUGAGGUUGUGAAGGGUGAUGAAGAGGGAGAAGGUGCUGAAAUUCAAGCUGCCACGCCCUCCAUUUCACCGUUUACGACCAAGGCUGGAGAUAUGUCCGGCUACACGAAGGCAUUGAAGAAUUCGUGGGUCUGGUCUGAACUCAAGACGUACGAAAUAUUCGGCCUCUUUCAUGUCCCUCUUGGUAUUUGGGGAGGGAUUGCAUGGAGUGGACUCGACACCUUUAUUCUUAGAGGGAAAGCACCAUGGACAUGGGGCUUUGGGGGAACCGAUGCGAAGCAUACUAGGAAAGCAAGUGAAUUCAAACCGAUCGAGUACCCAGCACCUCAGCCCCCUCUUUCUACCGACUUGUUGACCGCCGUUUCGCUCACGGCGACGAACCACGCAGAAAACCAACCGGUUCAUCUCCAACUUCCAUACAUGGGAGUUGAUAAUUUUGACUCGGAGGCGACAAACGUCACGGAAUACGCGGGUCUACUUGGACGAGCUUGCCCAGCGGGCGUUUACGAAUAUGUUGAUGGGGGCAUUGAACCAGGUACUCCCGUUCCAGAAGGUAAGGAGGAGGAAGCAGGGUAUGCCGGCAAGAAGCUUGUCAUCAACUCCCAGAACUGCAUUCACUGCAAGCUUUGCGACAUCAAGGUCCCCACGCAGGAUAUCACCUGGACCGUGCCCGAGGGAGCAGGCGGACCAAAGUACAUAGGAUCUCCAAACGGGUGA